AUGAAUCUGGCUAUCAUGUCUGGAUAUUACAUGAUUAAAAAAGAUUUAGAUAAGACUGAAGAUGCUGUUAAUAUCACAAAUAUUGCAAAUGCUCCUGCAACAGUUGGACUAGAUAGAACAGAACUAGUGCAGAAGGAUGAAGGAAUGCGUUUCUUACAAUCAAAAUUUAAAAAUAAGUCUCCAAAAUUUAUUGACAAUGUGCAGCGAGGAUAUCUUGACAGAAAACAAUUUCAAUGCUCGUUGUGUCAUUACUCGAGUGAUCGAUAUCGUGACAUCCGAAGGCAUGUCUCUACCCACAAUGCUAACACUUGCAAUUAUUGUGGAAGAUCAUUUGCACGCAAAGAAACAUUACGGACACACAUUAAUCUUCAUACAGGAGAAAAACCAUAUGCAUGUGAUUCUUGCCCUAUGAAAUUUUCUCACCCAUAUAGCCGCUGGUUGCACCGAAAAAGUCAUCUUACAGGUUAUAAAGGCUCGCUGCAUCUUCCAUGUGACAAAAAGAUUAGAACACGGAUUUACAAGUCAACCAACCUGCUAUAUCAGUGCAGUUUAUGUUCUUAUUCAAGUAAUUACAAAGCAAAUUUAAGAAAGCAUCUGUUAUGUCAUACUGGGCAAAAGCCGUACAAAUGUCUAAUGUGUGGAAGAACAUUUACACGACGGACAAAUUUAAAACGUCACAUAGAAGAAUUGCAUAGGUGUGAUGUAUUGAAUUUUGAAUGAAAAUGAUUUAUAGGUAACAUAACAGAAAAUAUGCGAUUAUACAGUUAUCGUUUGAAAAGUUUAUUAUGUAUUUAGAGCAUAUUUAUUAAAAUAAAAUGUAGCACUUUUUAUUUGAU